CGGCUGACCAUCGGAUGGGGUGCUUUGCAUGGCAUGUGCGACUUAUGUAGGCUGGCGAGGUACUUGGGUAUAUAUGCAGCUCCGCCGGGCUUGCACCCUGACAUCUGAUAGUAAGGACUCGAACCAUCUCUUUCCGGUCGCAGUCACAUCAGCCUUCUGCCCUCCCGGCAUCUUUGUUGCCUGCCGCGCGGUGAUUCAGGACACACACCUCCGUUUUCGCGCUUAGUAUAUACCUUUUUACCUACAAACAGAGGAACAGCAGCCUUGCACGGCGCAUCGCCAUCACCACCACCACCACCACCACCACAUCAUCAUCAUUAUCACCAUCAAUCAUGUCGAUGCCCGCCACGGUGGCAGUCGUUGGCCUCGGAGCGCUGGGUCUCGUCACGCUCAAGAAUCUGGCCGAGAAGGGCCUCGACGCGACGGGCUUCGAACGGGCUCAUGUCGUGGGCGGGUUGUGGAACUUUAAGGGCGAGGGCGAUGAGACGACGGUGCUCGAGAGCACCGUGUCGAACAUCUCCAAGGAGCGCGGUUGCUUUACCGACUUUCCCUUUUCCAAAGGCACGCCCACGCAUCCCGAAGCACGCCACGUUCAGCAGUACCUGUGGGACUACGCGGCGCACUUUGGCCUCGGCCCGCGCAUGCGCCUGGGAACCGAGGUCCUGGCCGUUGAGCGCGACGAGGCGUCCGGGAAGUGGAGGGUCGAGACGGCGACGGCGACGGGAGGAGGAGGAUGCGCCGCUGCGAGCGGUGUCAAGACUACUAGUAAGGAGACGACGACGGAGGAGUGGUGGUUCGACAAGGUCGUAUUCGCCACGGGCAUCAACAAGAUGCCCGUCAUGCCGUACGUCGAGGGCAUGGAGCAUUUCGAAGGCGAGGUGCUGCACAGUAGUGGUUAUAAGAGACCCGCCUCGUUCCAGGGCAAGACGGUCCUCAUCGUCGGCUUCUCCAACUCCGCCGUCGACACGGCCACUACGCUCGCCGGCCACGCCAAGCAUGUCUACGUCGCGCGCCGCCACGAUGCCUUUAUCCUCCCGCGAGUCGUCGACGGUAAGCCCCUCGACCACGGCUUCAACCACCGCAAGGCGCUCGUCCUGCGCGCCGCCAAGGCUUUUCUGCCCGUCGCCGCCUCCGACGCCAUGAUGCGUCGCUCCCUCACCGCCAUCCACCUCAGGGGCUUGCCCAACAAGGACGACGGCAUCGACACAGACUCGCAACGACCUCGGAUUCCGAGCGCCGUCGCCCUCGACCUCGCCAACGCGCCGCUGCCCACCCGCGCCCCGCCCCUCGUCUCCGACUCCAUCUUCCACGAGGUCCUCGCCGGUCGUGCCAGCCUGGUCCGCGCCCUUCGACAAGUCGAGGGACCCCGCGCCGUGCUCCUGGCCGACGGCCGACGCAUCGACGACCUCGACGCCAUCGUCUUCUGCACCGGCUACCAGGCCGACUACGCCCUCGCCGGCGAGCACGACCCGACGCGCGAGCAGCCAGCGGGCUGGGCCGCCGCCGCGGGUUCCAACGGCCGCCGCCUGCCCCGCCUCUACCGCAACCUCUUCUCGCUCGACCUGCCGCACAGCCUGGCCUUCAUGGGCUGCAUCGCCUUCACCAACCCGGCCUUCCUGGUCUACGACCUGGCGUCCAUGGCCCUGGCCAGGGUCUGGGCCGGCGAGGCCGCCCUGCCCCCCCGCGCCGUCAUGGCCGCCAGCGUGGACGCCCAGCAGGCCCGUCUCGUGCGCCUCGCCCAGGACGGCGCCGGGUCCGUCAUCCCCGGCUGGAUCGACGGCGACGAGUGGACCGCGUGGGCCGACGAGGUCGCUGGCACGGGCGUGCUGCCGCGCCUCGGCUACGGCCCCGCGGGCUGGUCCUUUUGGCUGCGCGAUAGACGCCUGUGCGGCCUCCUCAUGGAUGGCAUAUCCAGUCCACACAUGUACAGGUUGUUCGAGACGGGCAAGAGGAGGGCUUGGGAAGGGGCUAGAGAGGAGAUAUUUCGCAUCAACGGAAAGUCGCCGUAAUAUUGACAAGGUGGCCCCAGAAUUAGGCGCAAUGGUUGCUCUUAUGGCUCGAAUAUCUUGAACGAUCAUGGCUUGCAACGCGGGAAAUCACCCUAUAGAUUUUUUUCGAGGGUGCCUGAGCAUCUGCAGCCGCUAUUGUACGCCAAUGUAGCACUGUCUCGAACUCCCGUGUCCUGUGCCUACGCACACCCGUCUGCCUCAAGAGGUGGCAUGCGAGCCUUUACAGACUACGGUUCGUGAUCGACACGGGUACCUUGUAGAUGGGACAAUAAAAUCUCGUAAAUAGGUAUUGCUCCACGGAGUGAGUG